ACAAGGGGAAUUCCCGUGUUCUAAUUAAAGGAUUGAGGACAUUGAGAAAAUGAGUGUGCAGUUGUUCAUACAUUUUCGUGUGUUAAUACGUGUUUACAUGUGAUUAAAGAAGUAGAAUUAGAAGAGAAACUGCGUGCUAUUCUGAAAUUUUAGUGGAUAGCGGAAAUUUACGAAGACCGUAACUUAAAAAGUUGGUAUCGAUGUCAGUGUUGAAUAAUUUGUUUAUGAAUGUGUUGUUGUUAUGAAACGACUUUCGUCAGUUUUGAGGAUUAAGAUUAUUAAUUCAAAUUAUUUCUUUUUUUAUCAUUAUUCAUCAUCAAAUUGAAAAUCACAAUGAGCCAAAAAUCUUCGUCGCCGGAAUCAUCACUUAUGACGCUUAGUGUUGAACAAGAACGGGAUUCUUACAAAGAAAAAGUGGAGCAUAUGAAACUUAUGAUUCAAAAAUAUAAACAAGAGAUUCAAGCACAGAAAAUACGGAGAGAAGGAGUAGAAACUGUGUCCAGAUUGUUGCAUGAAUCCAGAGAAGAAAAUGCCGCUUAUCAGAAAAAGAAUAUCGCUCUUGAAACAGUUGUGAGAAAUUUGCAGUCGCGGUUAUCUAUGAACGGAAUAUCAGACGGAAUGACCUUGGGGGAAGGAGACGUUUUUAUUCCAGGCUCAUCUAAACAAGUUUUGGACAAUUUGGCUCGAGAAAAUAAAAGACUGCGUUCUCUUUUGCAAGGGGCUUCUACAGAUCCGGAAGAAAUAAAUAAUCUUCAACAGCUCAUUGAAAAUAAAAACAUAGAGAUUAAGGACUUGAGACAUACCAUUGUAGGACUUUCUGAAAAAUUACAAAGUACAGGAAGACUAAUGAAAUCAAGUGAUGAUGAAAAACUCUCUGAAAUAAAAAAGUUACAGGACAAAAUCAGUUCAAUGAAGAAUGAGUGUGAAACUAGAGACAUUUUGUGUUCAUCACUUGCAGAAGAAACAAAUACUCUAAAGCAACAGUUACAUGAUGUAGCAGUUCAUUGUCAAAAGCUGGCUGUAAAACUGGAACUUAGUGAAAAAAGUAAAGUUCAUGGAGGUAUCUCGUCAAGUCAAACAGAUGUAGAAAAGUUACAGGAAGAGAAUGCUAGUUUGAAAGACAAAUUAAGUGAGUUAGUUAAAAUGAACAAGAGAUGGCAAGAAUAUAUGUCACAAAAAGAAAGAUACUGGCAACAAAUAGAGCAAAAUCAUGUUCAGCCUGAUAGAAUUCAAGCAAUAAAUGCUGCUUUGGAAGAUGCUAGCAGGCGCCUACAAAAACUGGAACGUGAAAAGAAACAGUGCCAAGAAGAACUAGAUGAAAGAAAUCAACAACUCAUAGAAAAGUCAUCUGAACUUAUGAGGCUUCAAAAUGAUGUGGAAUGUGGUAAUUUAGGACAUGAUGAUGGCCACUUACGUAGUGAUGUAGAGACAAUAAGUGCAUUGAAGGCUCAAAUUCAAAUCUGUACUGAAGAUUUUGAAUCAGAAAGAAAAGAUCGAGAGAAGGCACAAAAUAGAGUGGCUGAACUGGAAGCUGAAGUCUCUCAGUAUAAAAGAAUGAGGCCAGAUGAUGGACGACUACCUCAUCAAAAUUUGUUCGAACCAAGAAACCCAAGCUCACCUGAAUUAUAUGGAGGUUUCAACCUUCAGGGACAGUAUAAUAGAGAAUCUCAGCUAGCAGCUAGAGGUCCAAUGAGAAGAAGGGAAGAAAAUGUUUAUGAUAUGUUCAAUGUUGUUGAUGCUAUACAAACUGAUUCUGCCCAAACGUCAAAACAAGACAAAACGAACAAGGAAGGAACUAAUCUAGCCACAAAAUUAAAAGUUGAAAAACAGGAUACAGACCCAGAUAAUUUAUUAGAUACUGUUCCUGAUUUAAAUGACUUCAACUCUGUGGACAGUGACACUGAAUUAGCACUUGAAAUUGCUAUGAGGAAAGUAGAAGAUAUCAAUUUAACUCAUUGUCCAAGGUGUGAUCACAGUUUCGAACUAGGUCAUGACCAGGAAACUAGAGAACAUCUCGAAAAAUGUUGUGAUUAAAAUUUUUAUUAUGUGACAGAUAUGUUUUACCAUUGAUUUGUUAUGCUUCCUCUUUCAUAAAUAACUUCCCUUUUAUGUUUUUUUUAUUUUGUAGGUUAUAUUUUGUAUUUAGGUAUAGAAAGACUUAAAGGGAAAAUUCACUAUUUUUUACUAAUCAUUUUACUUAUGUUCGUAAUACCAUAAAAAAAACAUAUUCACAAAGUUUUAUCUCGAUAUGAACACUAAUUAAGAAGACAAUGGGAAAUUAUUAUAAUUUUAUUUAUUCGAACUUCCUGACUUCUGUGACGUGGUUAAAGUCUUUUUGCAUACUGGGAGAGGGGAGUGUAUUAAUCUCAUUUUAAGUCUUGUUCCUUCAUCAACUUAUAACGCGAUGUAAAGUGCAUUAACAACUUUUGAGGUAGCUAUUUACCAACUAAUAAUUCAGAAAGAAAAGUGAUUAACAUGUAUGAUUUAUACUUUUGAGAAUUUCUGAUAUAGUAAUAGUAAUAAAAGUAAAGCAUACAAUAAUCUGUUUAUGAUUUUUUUCCUCCGACAGAUUUGUUUAGAUACAUUUAUAACUGAUAAUUUAAUAAAAAUGCAUGUUUGUU